AUGCCGUUGGGAGUCGAGCGCCUAAACGUGAGGAAAUCACAGCCCAACCGUCACAUUAAUUUCAUCAAGCCGUUACAAGGGCCGGACGAGAGCCGCGCACAGGAAUUCCUGGAGCGAAUAGCAGCACAAUGCCUGCCCGUCAUGCGAGACCACCACAUCUACGUAAUGUCCCUUGAGGAGUUCCCACCCAACCGCGAGUUCGUUGGGCGCAACUUCAAUGCGGGCGAGGUCAUACAGCUCGUGCUGAAAUCCCCGACGUCGGGCAGGUGGCUGCCAUUCGAGUACGUCCAGAUGGUGAUGAUGCACGAGCUGGCGCACUGCAAGCAGAUGAACCACUCACGUGCCUUUUGGGCGGUGCGAAAUGGCUACGCUGCUGAGAUGCGGGCCCUCUGGGGGAGGGGAUACACUGGCGAUGGGGUGUGGGGUCGCGGUGCGAAGCUGGGGACUGGAGAGUGGGAGAGGAACACGGUGCAGCCUGGGGAAGUGCUGCCUGAGCACCUAUGCGGGGGCACGUUUCGAUCGAGGAAGCGGAAAAAUGCCAGACCGGUAUUAAGCUACCAGGAACGAAAGCAGAGGCGGAUCGAGAAGAAGUUUGGGAAGAACGGCGUGGCCCUUGGCGAGGACGUGGAGGUCAAGGUGAAGCUGGAGAAGGGGAAGAAGGUCCAGGGGAAACCUCGAGUGGCGGGAAGUGCAAGGGGCAGAGAGCUUCGGGCGGCUGCCGCCCUCGCACGUUUCGAGCAACAGCGAGAGGAGCCAAUUGUCAUCAAGAAGGAUGAAGAUGAGACUGAAUCAGGGAGCGACACCGAGGACGAUCAGGAAGACGUGCACACCUCUGGCGCAACGCCCGCCGUUGAUGUGGAUGGUAAGCCGCUUGUCGACGGCAAGGGUAGGGGUAUGGUGAAGGUGUGUGGGGACGAGGACAAAGACGACCCUGGGGCAGAGAGCGAGUUCCAGGAGCUUCGGGACGUGUUCAUGGGCCGCAAGAUUAAGCAGGAAAGCCCCGAGCCACCGUCCAUUUCCAGCUCCAGCAUGGAACAUCCAAAGAAGGAGAAGAAAGAGCCCCCGUCCAGUCCAAUCAAGGUUGAGCAACGAACCACAACCCUGAGGGAACUUUUCGGGGGCGGAGACACACAUGUGCUAGGUGCGGACGGCAACGACGCUGAUACAACACAUCAAACGGGGGACACGCAUGUGGUGUGCUUGACGUGUUCCUAUACCAACCCGCCUCGCCGCCUCACGUGCGAAAUAUGUGCCAACGUCAUUGACCCUGCCGCCAUCCCGAACUCUUGGCGAUGCUCUAGCGAGUUGUGCAAAGAUGGUGCCUACCGAAACUCUGGGGAUUGCGGGGUUUGUGGGGUCUGCGGACUCAGAAGACCAGAUCAAACAUGA